AUGCCUAAAGAAAUCAAAACUGGAAACGAGCUGGCCGAGUUUCUCAAGGAUCCGAAACCAGCCGUGAUUCAUUUCCAUGCUUCAUGGGCCCCGUCAUGCACUCAAGUCAACCAAUUUCUUGAUGAUUACAUUGAAGACACGAAUUUAGAGAUAAGAACGGCGUACCUCGAAGCUGAAUCCCUUCCUGGUGUUGCGCUCAAUUACAAUGUCACAGCUGCUCCAACUCUUAUUUUCUUCCAUAAUGGAAAAGAAAUUGAGCGAGUUAAUGGAUUCAUCCCAGCCGAAAUCAAAGAGAAAUUGGUGAGCACCUCGACGUAUGCGUCGUCAUCGCAAGGAGGCGCUACUCUGACGGACCAACAAAAGAAAGACUUAUUGAAUGAGCGGUUGAAGAAGCUUAUCAACAAGAAUCGAGUGAUGCUGUUUAUGAAAGGAAGCCCGGAGGCACCUCGUUGCGGUUUUUCUAGAAAAACUGUUGAACUGCUAAACUCGAAAAAUAUCGAAUAUGGAAGUUUCGAUAUCCUAUCGGAUGAGGACGUUAGACAAGGAUUGAAGGAAUUUUCGAAUUGGCCAACGUAUCCGCAGCUUUAUUUUGAUGGCGAGCUUGUUGGGGGACUUGACGUCAUUAAAGAAGAGUUUGAGAAUGACAGCUUCGUAGAAAAAUUGCCGAAAGUUUCGAAGACGGUAAUGAACCUUGAAGACCGUCUUCGACAAUUGACCAGAAAGUCAAGACUCAUGCUCUUUAUGAAAGGGACCCGUGAAAGUCCACGUUGUGGUUUCUCGCGUCAAAUUGUUGAGCUUCUUAAUAAUGCUAAGGCUGAUUAUGAAACAUUUGAUAUUCUCUCAGAUGAAGAAGUUCGACAAGGAUUGAAGGAUCUCUUCAACUGGCCAACGUAUCCACAACUGUAUUUAGACGGUGAGCUUGUUGGAGGAUUGGAUGUUGUAAAGGAAGAACUACUUGACACGCAUUUCUUGCGUCAGAUUCCAAGAGUCGGAAGAGAUUAA